AUGAUCUUGACCAAGACCAAGGGCCUGGCCAUGGUGUACUACAUCACGAACUACGCCACCAAACCGGAUACGACACCGACUUUACCAACGCCGGCGAGCUCACGGACGCAGAACGGCCCCCGGAGACAAUCCCUCUGGGGCAAGGAGGGCGAACCCUUUUAUACCUGGACGCGUACGCCUACCGCGGCCAUGUUCUACGAGACUUAUGAUUCCGACUGUGACGGCUGGAUCCAAAAGCUUCGACGGCCCGACGAGUACGCCAUCCCAAUCUUCCAAGGAUACAUUAGCGACGACGUUGAAGACGAUCACCCGGUGUAUGUUAAGCGGAACUCCGUUCUCCACCUGGCGUUAUUCUCUGCAGAGGAUGCCCGUCAAGACGCGAAGCUCUGGGCCAGUCGAUCGGAGGGUGAUGACACUGUUGACGUCGAAUACCCGCUUGACGAUGGCCAGUACGAGGAGCCUCCAGCGACGGCUCAACACCAUCAAGCCUAUACAGCUCUACUUCAGAUUUUGCAAAAUGCCGUCCAAGAUGGUGAAGCCACGAAGGACUCCUCUGUCCUUGGCGGUCUGAUGCGUGACCUGUGCGAGGAGAACCCAGCUGAAGAAAGGCAACCUUUUGUGCAACGCCAGGAGGAUCUGUACCGGAAUAUACCGCCUGGUCGUGGUGACGCCUUGUGCCAAUUCCCAAUAUCUCGAGAUGAUGUCCAAGCAGCGGAAAAGGCUCAACAACUAUUGCAUCUUCGAAUGCUAGACGACAUUGAGAGUGGUUCUCAGGAGACCCUGCUUUCCACGGAUGGCGCCGACAUCGACGAUACACUGGCUCGCUACGGCGAUAUGGGCCCCGCCAUUGCGCACCCGGGUAGUGAUCUCAAUGAACGGGGCCCUCGAAUGCUCGUCGACGCCAGUCCGGCGACUAGCUUCGCGGACAUGGGACUCGCCACUGCAGCCACCUUCACUCUGAACUAUCUACAGACCAUGGCCCUUCAACUUUAUACUGGCGGCCGGGUGGCACGGGAAAGUCGAGGAUCAUCGAUGCCCUGA